AUGAUUCGUGCUCCUCGCAUCUUGCCGUCUGAUCCAGAAAUACUGGUGAUUGAAGGUAUCCCCGCUACGAUACAGCCGCAGCAUUCCCACCGCCCGGGUAUGUACGACGAUCCUAGUGCUAUCACACGAGGUACCUCGCAAAUUGAAGCAAUUGAUCCCAACGCUCCACCGAGUGGCCCUGGCUGCGAGAAUUGCGAAGCUACCAAUGGAUGGUGGUUCCAUUUACGUCGGUGUGCCAGGUGCGGACAUAUUGGCUGCUGUGACUCGUCUCCAUCACAGCAUGCUUCCAAACAUUCUUUGUCGACUGGACACCCUAUCAUUCGCAGCUAUGAGCCUGGCGAGGAUUGGUUCUUUGAUUACCGCACGGAGGAAACGUUUCUGGGCCCGCCCUUGCUGCCUCCAUCACAUCAUCCAAUCAGCCAGCCAACACCGGGGCCCAGAGGCAGGGUGCCACGGGACUGGGAAAGACACUUGCAUCUAUGA